AUGACCAUCCCAAAUGAAGAAUUCGAUUUUAUUUACAAAAUAGUAUUAGUAGGUGACACAGCAGUGGGAAAAACCAACUUAGUGUCCCGUUAUCUUAAGAACACUCAACCUAAGAACUCAAACCCUACAAUCGGGGUUGAAUUCUCAACACGCGCUUUCACCUUAAAAUCUGGUAUCACUAUAAAAGCUCAAAUAUGAGAUAUAGCCUAGGAGCGAUUUUUGAUCGCUGGGCUAGAAGAUGGUCAGAAGCUCCCCGAGUUGGGUUUUCAAAUCAAGUUAACAAGCCAACUUGGGGAGUCUACAAAUACGUUUUAUAUGAGGCAUAUGCCAAUUCCCAGAGUUGGUUUGUCAACUUGAGUUGAAACCCAAUUCGGGAGUUUUAAGCCUUCUCUUAGCCCAUGGCGAUCAAAAAUCGCUCCUAGGCUAUACUGCAGGGCAAGAACGAUAUCAUGCAAUAGUAUCAGCACACUACAGAAGAGCAAUUGGAGCUCUUGCAGUCUAUGAUGUUACAAGUUUUAAAUCAUUUUGCAGUAUUUCGCGAUGGCUCAAUGAGCUUAAAGACAAAGCUGAUCCUAGCAUUUUGAUUAUUCUUGUCGGGAACAAAAUUGAUUUGCUAUACAAAAAUCCAGCUUUGAGAGAAGUGUCAAGUGAGCACGCAAAGAAAUUUGCUGAUGAAGAAGGGCUACUGUUUAUUGAAACAAGUGCACUUAUUGGGACAAAGGUAAGUGAAGCCUUUGAGAUUUUAAUUGAAGGAAUUUAUGAAAAAACGAAGGAUAGGAUUAUUGAUGAUGAAAAAGAAGGGAUCACAAAGUCGCUUGCGCAGAUAGAACCAAAAAAUAGGAGGUGUUGCUAA